UAAAAAAAUAAAAUAAAAUAAAUUCUUUUGUUGUUUACUAAAAAACCUUUUGUUGUUUUAUUAAAAAAAGUAACAAAUUAAACUGGCGCAGUCGGUAGGAUCGCCAACUGACGCCAUUCGGUAUAAAGUAAUUAAUUAUUAAAAAAAAAAAAAUGCAAAACAAUUAAACUUUACCGAAAUAAAAUCAUUAUAAUAUUAAUAACAAAAAGUUAUUUAUUAUUACUAAGACCAUUCGUUUAAAUUAAUCAAGAUAGUAUCAAUAAUUUAAAACGGGUCUGAACUAAAAUAUUAUUUGAAAACAAAAAAGUGCGUUAGUUUUUUUCUUAAAAAAAUUUAUGGCGAUAAAAGAACAUAGUAAAACAAAAAGAAUUUCAUAAAAAGAAAAAAUCUAAAAUUAGAUGAAAUCAUACCUCAAGAACACAAUUUUGUCAAAAAUUCAAGGAGAAGCAGCUAUUAGCAUUAGGCGAUUAGAAAAUGCAACGUGGGACGAAAUUAAAACCCAACUAACAAAAUCAUUUGGUAUCCCAGAGUCGUACCUGAAAUUAAAGGAAAUGGCCGACGCUGUCAAAUUUAUAAAUGCAAUACCAAUUUUGAGUAAUGAAAAAGCUAUUAAAUAUAAAAUAUUUGGACUACCAAAUUCAAAAUUUGAACUAGUCGAUAUUCCAAAUUCUGAUAUUGUAUCUUUUAAAAAUAAAACAUAUUAUCUUACCCAGGAAAGAUAUAUAAAGAAAUUGCAAUUAACUUCAAAUUGUAUUUCAAAUCUUUUUAUAAUGGCAUAUGGUGACUGUUCUAAGACUACUGAAAAAAAUUAUAAAAUAGAAGAAAUUAAUAAAGGUAUGAUUUUAAUAAUAAAUGCCCAAAACCAUACUUUAAAGAGCGAUUGUAAUGAUAUAACAUAUUUACUAAAUAAAAAUUAUAUAAUUUACUUUAGCAAUUGUACUAUUGAAAUAAAUAAUAUUAAAUUUUCAAACAAAAAUAAAGAGUUUAAGUAUAAUAUCGUUAUUCCGAAUUAUACCACAAUUAAAAAUAUUAAUAAUACAAUUAAGUUAGAAAAUUUAAAUCUUAAGCAAUUAGAAAAUAAUAAAGAAAUUCAUGAAAUUAAAAAUAAAAGAAAGUUUAAUGAAAAUUUAACAUAUUUUAAUACAAUUUUUGUAAUAAUAAUGCUUUUUAUUUUAAUCAUUUUAACUUAUAUGUUAAUUAAAACAAGAAAAGAAAAACCUCUAAAUAAUAUAAACAAAAUUGAUUCUCAACGUUUUGUCCAGGAGAACAAAUAUCUUAAGGAUGGGGGAGUUAUAUAUCCAACUAAUGAGAUAUUAUCUAGAAUAAUAGAACUGAAUUCUAUUUAGCUCUAAGAGUAAUAAAAUAUAAAAUUUAUUAUAUGAUUCUUAUAAUUUCCACUUAAAUAAUCUAAAUUCAAACAUAAGAAUCAUAAUUUCUUAUUAUUAUUCUCAAGUACUUGACCUAUCCUAAUUUUUAAUAAAGAAUUAAAAAAUAUAAAGAUCAAAUUUCACAUUUA